AUGAAUCGAGGUGGUAAACUUGCUCCUGAAGUUAAUCGGUAUGUCUCUCUAGGAUUAUUGUUCAUUGUACCUGUAUUUGGUCGCAGCUUUGUUCGUCAAGAAUCUAAGGUAUGUGGAUUGAUGCAAGAAAGAGCAGAUGUGGAGACUUGGAGAUGGGGUUGUGGAUUUGGUGUACAUGGAAAUCAGAUUGAGGUGCAUAGGGCUGAUGAUAUUUGGAAUGAUAGCUACAACGUAACGCCAGAAGAACUUUUUGAUCUGUUUGGCAAAUUCGGUGCGAUCCGACAAAUUCGUCAAGGCAUUGCUACCAACACGAAAGGUACGGCAUUUGUUGUCUACGAAGACGUAACGGAUUCCAAGACUGCUUGCGAUAAAUUGAAUGGGUUCAAUUUCCAAAAUCGAUACCUAGUCGUUCUAUACCAUCAACCCGAGAAAAUGGAAAAGAUGCGUGCCAACUCAAAUCAAUCGGAUUCAUACGCUGCUCGCAAAGCGAGUUUAGAACAGCUCAAAACCGCGAACAACAUCGAAUAA